ACGUACGAAAGCCGGUAUGGAUUUGCAUCGCAGUUGUUUCAUCCCCAAUCCUGUGUGCUCUUAUCCACAGCCCACCCCACUCUCCAUCUAUAUAGAUGGACGACGGGACUUCACGCUCGUAUUCCUCGAGUUUCUUGUGACAUCAGUAGCAGAAAGGAUUUGGAAGAAGAAGAAGAAGAAGUAGUCGAGAUGGGUUCUCUCAUGGCCGGCUGGUCUUCGCCUGUUGUAGACCCAGAAAAAGCUCUGCUGAAGAGAAACAAGUCGCUGACGAAGGAAGAGAUCGACAGCUUCUGGAGACUGCACAGGCCGACCAAAGAAGAGGAAGAAGACUUCCAAGCCAGUUUGAGCUCCCCGAGAACCCCUCAGGAGUCGGACGGGCUGAGACUAAAGAAGACUGUCAUGGGGUUUCCUGAUAUCCCAGACAUGGAGAAGCCUCCCAAGACCGGUGACUGGUGGACGAGGAGCAACUGGGCGUUUCUGAAUGAGCCACCUCGCGACGAGCUGAGCGAUUCAGCUCACAAGUACACAGCUCAGUUCCAUGUUGCUGACCUCGCCGUCAAGAAAUCGUAGUUCAUCGUGGUGUGAGAAUUCUAUACAUGUAUGUGUAUAUUUGUAUGGAUGACGCUGCGUGCUUCUACGGUGUGGUCAAUUACUAUGGGUUUUGCUGUGA